GGACGCCCGCGGCCACCGGGCUCGGGACUGCACGUGCGGCUCCCCCCGCGCCUCGCAGAUCCUGCAGGGGGCACCAGCUGGGGGAGGUGGAGGCUCCUCCCGCCCGGAGCUGCGCCCCCAUCGGCUCCGAGGGUGUAGCCGCCAGGGCCUGGGACGCCCCCUCCCCGCAAAGUGUCCCCAAAUUGCACUCUCUGGCCCCGGAGCUGCAUCUGAGACAGCCGGGCGCCACGGCCGCCCUGAGUUGGAUGUGACCAAGCCCAGCCUGGGGCCAAGUCGUCGUCGACUGUUGCCCUCUCGGACCCCUCCCGCCCCCGCCUCGGCCAUGGCCCCGGGGAUGUCGGGCCGCGGCGGCGCCGUCCUGCUCUGCCUCUCAGCGCUGCUCGCCCACGCCUCUGGCCGCUCCCACCCGGCCAGCCCCAGCCCGCCGGGGCCGCAGGCCAGCCCGGUACUGCCAGUCAGCUACCGCCUGUCGCACACGCGGCUGGCCUUCUUCCUGCGGGAGGCGCGGCCCCCGUCACCCGCGGUCGCCAACAGCUCCCUGCAGCGCUCCGAGCCCUUCGUGGUGUUCCAGACCAAGGAGCUGCCGGUCCUCAACGUCUCGCUGGGGCCCUUCAGCACCAGCCAGGUGGUGGCGCGGGAGCUCCUGCAGCCUUCCAGCACCCUGGACAUCCCCGAGCGCCUGACGGUGAACUGGAAGGUGCGGGCCUUCAUUGUCCGCCCGCGCGUGCCCGCCUCGCAGCCCGUGGCCCAAGUGCUGUUCUACGUGGCCGGCCGGGACUGGGACGACUUCGGCGUCACCGAGCGGCUACCCUGUGUCCGCCUGCACGCCUUCCGGGAUGCCCGGGAACACCCCCUGCUGCGCAUCGGGAGCAUCAGCCUGUUCCGCCCGCCCCCCAGGAGGACCCUGCAGGAGCACAGGCUGGACAGCAACCUGAUGAUCCGCUUGCCAGACCGGCCCCUCAAGCCUGGGGAAGUGCUCAGCAUCCUCCUCUAUCUGGCCCCCAACUCCUCCUCGUCCUCCAGCCCCAGCGUGGAGCACUUUACACUCAGGGUAAAGGCCAAGAAGGGUGUGACCCUUUUAGGUACCAAGUCACGGAGUGGCCAGUGGCAUGUGACCUCGGAGCUGCUGACUGGGGCAAAGCACUCAACAGCCACCGUGGAUGUGACCUGGGCUCAGGGCACACCCCUGCCCCCCUGGGAGGGCCAGGGCCCCUUGGAGAUCCUGCAGCUGGACUUUGAAAUGGAGAACUUCACCAGCCAGUCGGUCAAGCGGAGGAUCAUGUGGCACAUUGACUACCGUGGCCACAGCGCCCUGCCUGACCUGGAGCGGGCAGUUACUGAGCUGACGGUCAUUCAGCGGGAUGUGCAAGCCAUUCUACCCCUGGCCAUGGACACAGAGAUCAUCAACACGGCCAUUCUGACUGGCAGGACAGUGGCCAUCCCUGUCAAGGUCAUUGCCAUUGAGGUGAAUGGCCUCGUCCUAGACGUCUCUGCCCUAGUGGAAUGCGAGUCAGACAAUGAAGACAUCAUCAAGGUUUCCAGCAGCUGCGACUACGUGUUUGUGAGCGGAAAAGAGUCUCGAGGGUCCAUGAACGCCAGGGUCACCUUCCGCUACGACGUUCUCAAUGCCCCCCUGGAAAUGACAGUCUGGGUACCCAAGCUGCCCUUGCACAUUGAGCUCUCAGAUGCCCGCCUCAGUCAAGUGAAGGGCUGGAGGGUACCCAUCCUCCCCGACCGGAGGUCAGUUCGGGAAAGCGAGGACGAGGACGAGGAAGAGGAGGAGCGGCGGCAGAGUGCAAGCCGGGGCUGCACCCUGCAGUACCAGCAUGCCACCCUGCAGGUCUUCACCCAGUUCCACACGACAUCAUCCGAGGGCACUGACCAGGUGGUCACCAUGCUAGGCCCAGACUGGCUGGUGGAGGUCACUGACCUAGUCAGUGACUUCAUGCGGGUGGGCGACCCCCGAGUGGCACACAUGGUGGACAGCAGCACACUGGCAGGGCUGGAGCCAGGCACCACCCCCUUUAAGGUGGUGUCUCCGCUGACGGAGGCUGUGCUCGGGGAGACGCUGCUGACAGUGACGGAGGAGAAGGUCAGCAUCACACAGCUUCAGGCCCAGGUGGUGGCCAGCCUGGCCCUCUCCCUGCGGCCCAGCCCUGGGAGCAGCCACACCAUCCUAGCCACCACAGCUGCCCAGCAGACCCUGAGCUUCCUCAAGCAGGAAGCCCUACUGAGCCUCUGGCUCUCCUACAGUGAUGGCACCACAGCCCCACUCUCCCUCUACAGUCCCCGAGACUACGGACUGCUAGUGAGCAGCCUGGAUGAGCGUGUGGCCACUGUGACCCAGGACCGGGCCUUCCCUCUGGUAGUGGCUGAGGCCGAGGGGGCAGGGGAGCUGCUCCGCGCAGAGCUAACCAUCGCUGAGAGUUGCCAGAAAACCAGACGCAAGAGUGUGCUGGCCACGACCCCUGUGGGCCUGCGGGUGCACUUUGGGAGGGACGAGGAGGACCCCACUUAUGACUACCCGGGCCCCAGCCAACCAGGGCCUGGCGGGGGCGAGGACGAGGCCCGGGGAGCCGGCCCGCCAGGCUCUGCGCUACCCGCACCGGAGGCCCCAGGCCCAGGCACCGCCAGCCCCGUCAUGCCACCCACAGAAGACUUCCUGCCGCUGCCCACCGGCUUCCUGCAGAUGCCACGGGGUCUGACCGACCUGGAGAUUGGCAUGUACGCGCUGCUGGGCGUCUUUUGCCUCGCCAUCCUCGUCUUCCUCAUCAACUGCAUCGUUUUCGUGCUGCGCUACCGGCACAAGCGCAUCCCGCCCGAGGGCCAGACCAGCAUGGACCACUCUCACCACUGGGUAUUCCUGGGCAACGGGCAGCCGCUGCGAGUGCAAGGGGAGCUCUCGCCGCCGGCAGGCAACCCGCUGGAAACCGUGCCCGCCUGCUGCCACGGCGACCACCACAGCAGCGGCAGCUCUCAGACCAGCGUCCAGAGCCAGGUGCACGGCCGGGGCGACGGCUCCUCGGGCGGCUCAGCCCGGGACCAAGCCGAGGACCCCGCCAGCUCGCCCACCUCCAAGCGCAAGCGGGUCAAGUUCACCACCUUCACCACGCUGCCGUCAGAAGAGCUGGCCUAUGACUCGGUGCCCGCCGGCGAAGAGGACGAGGAGGAGGAAGAGGACCUGGGUUGGGGCUGCCCGGAUGUGGCGGGCACCACGCGGCCCACUGCACCCCCGGACCUGCACAAUUACAUGCGCAGAAUCAAAGAGAUUGCAUAGAGGCGCCAACCGGAGUAGCAGGGACUCCCCCAUCGGGGUCAGCUCGCGGUAGGACACAGCCGGGACCCCCCGGUUCACACGGACUCUGGGCGGCUGAAUUGAUUUUGUACUCCCGGCCCCUGCAGCUUGACUCGGUGCGGGUCGGGCCGCCUCCGUGUCUGGGCCUUCCCUCGCCUCACACCGUUACCCUCUUCUGCCCCCUGCAGGUGGAGGGCUCUUCCUCCAGUGGCUCGCAAGGAGGAAAGCAAGUCCAGCCUCUGUUCUACCCUUUCCAAAUCUCCUCCCAUCUUAAGCAACUCCCUGCCCCAAGAGUGAGGCAAGGAGGUCUAGCUUGGGGUCACGUGGGCCCACGCUGUGUCCCGGCCCCGCCUCCCGUCCCCCCUGUCGUCCCCCUGUGCAGGGGGUUCUGUGGGGGUCUUGUGUCACAGGCUGCACAAAGACUUUCCUCAAACUAAUAUUCAGGGAUUUCUGUCCUGCAGGGUGGGGAGGUGGCGGCUGCCUGCCCUGCCGAGGAUCUUGCUGUGGAUGAAAUAUCUGGGGGCUAGGGGGACAGCUGUAGCAUCUGCUGGCAUUCGCGUGCCUCCCAGGACCUGGGAGCUGACUCUACAGAGAGGUCUGGGUGCCAAGCCAGGCACCUUCCUGAGUUCUCAGGACUCCCACCCCUGCCCCAAGGGCUUUGGGCAGGGACCUAAAGGGGAAAGAGUCCUGGAUCCAUCUUUAGCCAAAUCACACCCCAGAGCCAGAGGCCUGGGGACCUCCUUGCCUUCCCCUUCCCCUACAGCAAGGUCAACACUACUACGCCUUAGCCACCCCUCACCCUGCUGACCGCGCCUUCCCUCUGCAGCACAGGGCAGGCAGCCACCUAUCCCCCACAAGACGGAACCCAGGAGGGGAGUAGAGGGCACCGGGGAAUGCUGUGAGGGACUUUAGGGUGGGCAAACGCAGAAGGGAGCCAGUGUCGCCCCUACCCCAUCCCACAGCCAUUUUUCUCUCGGGUUCUACCCACCACUGUGUCGGAUUUUUCUUAAAUAAAUGGAAGUGGUCAGACUGGAGGUGGGGGCAGCAGCUCCCAUGAACAAACAGUA